CCUCCCUUUCCCUGCAAUCUGAAUUGCUCGCCAUCUGAACUCAGCUCUGGCUAAACUUUGGCCAGCCGCCCCCAGCUCCUCUCCAAUCCCCAUCCACCCCGCCAGCCCCCCCACCCCGCAUACCUUUCAAGGCAAAUCCGUGGCGAUCCAGACGUUCAGCAGAGUGACCUAGGAAAGAAUGUGGAGCAGAUCGUUUGGAGUGGGGGGCGCUGAGGGGGUUUCCCGAGGGGCGGCCGUUUUGUUUUGCGCGCGCGGCGGCUCCAGAAGCGCCCUGAUUUCCCGAUCGCAUUCCACACGGAAGUGCAGGUGACUCUCUGCUGCUCAUCCGGAUUGCAGUCGUCAGGAAACAUGGCGUCUGUCCUCAGCACUGUCUUGCAAUGGGCUCUCAGCAUCGUCAUCCCAUGUUUUACAGCUCAGCUCUGGAGAUUCAUGAACAAACUGCUGACUGUCGUGGUGGCGCUCGCUGUUCUCCUCUCCACGAUGUGGAUAGCCAUGAACAAAGCGGAUUAUUCCCCCAUGGGCACGGACCACGAGGUUGCUGUGACAGCUAAGCAGUUGUGGAAGCCCACCAGUGUCCUCAAUAUCAUGAAGGAUGCCCUGUUGUACAUGGCUAACCUGCUGCCCUCUUACGAACCACUGACAGCUGAGAAUCUCCUAAGGCACCGUGAUCGGCUGGAUGGCAUCAACUACAUACUCCAAGCCUGUUUCAACAAGGCCAUUGAUACCUUUCUCCAGGAGCCCUGGUCUGUGCAGCAAAAUGCCCAGCUGGUUAUCCAGUGCGGCGGACCCCCCAUAGAGUUUCGGUCUGGCAAGGGGGACUGCCAGAUUUCUGUAUAUGUCCUAUACAAGCGGAUCCAGUGUGAUAUCAAAGAGCGGACGGCUGAAAUGUACCUUGCGAGGUUGGCCAUUCGCAAGGAGCCGCUGAGCGUCGGAGACCUGCUGAGAGUGAGGCAGAGCUUGCGCUCCUGGGGGGUUCUUCCCGAGGAACUAGGGCACUGCUUGGAGUUUGCAGUGGAAGAGUUUGCCAAGGAGCCGUUCUGCGUCCAGGACAAUGCCCACAUGGUUGUAGACUGCGGCGGGCAGGUGCUGAACUUUGCCUCUGGCGAAGGGGAGAAUAAGAUCAAUAUCUACGAUGUACGGGGAGGCCUCAUUCACUACCGGAUCAGGAUCUCUGGUUCCUGGACCAGCAUCGUGCGGUUCUUUCAUGGGAACAAAAAUCACGCGCAAACACAUGCGAGGAAGCCUCUGCAGUUAGAGUGAGGUGAGAGCUACGAAAGGAGCUCGCCUCUUCUCGCCUCUAAAAAGACUGGUUCACAGUUUCCCCCAAACAUGAGAGAGGCAGAACAUGUGCACAUUUUUGCAAACACUCCCCCCCCCAUUAAAUGUGUUUUGUAUGUUGUUUUCACAAACUUGUGGAUUUUUAUGCAUGCUCAGCCAUACCUUUAUGCAUAUUUGAACAUGAUUUGAGUUGGGGAAACUGCAUUGAUAAAAUUCUGAUAAGCACUGAU